AAUGAUUCUUGCUGUUCUCAGCGGUGCCUGUCCACCUAUCAUUUGGAUUUUGUCUCGAUUUCUUGAACCCAAGAUUCACAACGGCCAUGAAACGCCAUCUCCACCUCAAGCUCACUCCUUUCCCUCCAGGAAUGCUUCGGUGAAGCUCGACCCUUUCUUGGCCGUUGUGCUUCAACCGAGACUAGCUCCUCCAAGAAAGGAAAAUGUCCCUUUCUCUGUCGUCCAAUGCAAUCAGUAUUCAACCCACAAAGCGUGAAGCCUUGAGAGCGCGUUUCUCUUCUCAAUUCAUCAGCCCAGUUCAGGUGAGCUCAAGCACUCGUGCCUUCUCAGUCUCGCAUGUGAGCUCACCUUCCUUCUUUAAGUUCAGCCGAGAAAGACUCGACCCAAUUACUGCUUCACCAGCAUCAGCGGCUGAAGCAGCACCCUCUUCCUUCAGGAACAAAACACCCAAAGAUGUAAACGUUUUGGUCGUGGGCUCAACUGGGUAUAUUGGGAAAUUCGUGGUGACAGAGUUGGUGAACAGAGGGUUCAAUGUCAUAGCAGUCGCUAGAGAGAGAAGUGGGAUCCGGGGUAGGAACAGUAAAGACGAGACAUUGAAUGAGUUGAAAGGGGCUAAUGUGUGCUUUUCGGAUGUGACGAACUUGGAGACCUUGGAGAAGUCUGUGGAGGGCUUGGGAUGUGAUGUUGAUGUCGUCGUAUCGUGCCUCGCUAGCCGGUCUGGCGGAGUGAAGGAUUCUUGGAAGAUUGAUUAUGAGGCCACGAGAAAUAGCCUUCUUGCCGGUAGGAAAUUCGGGGCUGCGCAUUUCGUGUUGCUUUCUGCCAUUUGCGUGCAAAAGCCCCUUCUCGAGUUUCAGCGGGCGAAGCUGAAGUUUGAGGCCGAAUUGAUGAAAGGGGCCGAAGAGGACGAUAAGUUCACAUAUAGCAUUGUGAGACCAACAGCAUUUUUCAAGAGCUUGGGGGGUCAGGUCGAGUUGGUGAAGGACGGGAAGCCUUUUGUCAUGUUUGGGGACGGAAAGUUGUGCGCUUGUAAGCCAAUUAGUGAGCAGGAUUUAGCUUCUUUUAUUGCAGACUGUGUGUUGAGUGAAGACAAAAUAAACCAGGUUUUGCCGAUUGGUGGGCCAGGGAAGGCUUUGACGCCUCUUGAGCAAGGGGAGAUUUUGUUUAGACUUUUGGGGAAGGAGCCCAAGUUCUUGAAAGUGCCGAUCGAGAUUAUGGACUUUGCGAUUGGUGUCCUGGAUUUCUUGGUUAAGAUUUUUCCAGGAUUGGAAGAUGCAGCUGAGUUUGGGAAGAUUGGACGGUACUAUGCUGCGGAGAGUAUGUUGAUUCUGGAUCCCAAGACGGGGGAGUACAGUUCUGAUAAAACACCUAGCUAUGGGAAGGACACAUUGGAAGAGUUCUUUGAAAAGGUUCUACGGGAAGGAAUGGCAGGUCAAGAAUUGGGGGAGCAGACAAUUUUUUGAAUGAUUGGUGCUGUGAAGGAAAUGCGUUCAAUUGCCAAUAAUUGGGUAAGGCAGCUUCAGUUUUGUAACAUUUUCUCACCUAAGUUGCGGAUCCUUACCCGGAAACUGAUUGAGCAUCUGUAUAAUCUAAGACACUUCUAGGCAACCCAAAGUCUUUGCAGAAAGUCUCUCAGUGAGCAUCAAGGUUCUUGUGGUAGUCUGAUACACAUCUUGAUGCUGCUAGCUAGAAACUUGGUGUUCUUGCUAGAUGUCAUAUAUUGAAUUUAGGCCUGAAUGAAAAGAUUUUCGACAUGUUCUAGAUUUUUGGAAUUCCUCGAGACCAUUGACACCUGCAGUUCCAGGGCAUAGGAGUUAGGUUGGAACUAGACUAUGUGAAUGUGACGCCUUAACAAGUACCAAAGCAUACUCUUGUUGCUUAUUUGGGUUGAUCAUUUCAAUUUGAAAUCCUCCCAGGAGUAUGAAGGUUUUUUUUUUUAGAUAUGAUUUACAUGCUAAACUGAGUCGAAACUGGAAAUUUGGAAGGGCUGGGGAAAAAAUGGUUAAAAAAGCUAAAAGAGGAUGAUUUGGCUGCAAGCUAAUAUCUAGGUGCUAAAUGAAACGAUGGACUUGAAUGAGGAUACCUUUCCAAUGGGUUUCUCCUUGUUUAGCUUUGUCAUGUAAAUGCCAUUCUUGUCAUAUCAGAAUGAGGACCUUCUGUGGAAGAGGAGUUUGUAAUGCACACUUCUUGCUGAA